AUGGCGGCGUCCCAGGAACGCGAUUCUUCGACUGAAGCGUCCCAGCCGGCAGUGGAGGAGGAGGAAGAAGCUAAAACAUUUAAAGACCUGGGUGUGACAGAUGUGUUGUGUGAAGCCUGUGAUCAGUUGGGAUGGAAGAAGCCCACCAAGAUCCAGAUUGAAGCUAUUCCUUUGGCAUUACAAGGUCAAGAUAUCAUUGGGCUGGCAGAAACGGGCUCUGGGAAAACCGGGGCCUUUGCUUUGCCCAUUUUGAAUGCUCUGCUGGAGACGCCCCAGCGUUUGUUUGCCCUAGUUCUCACCCCUACUCGGGAGUUGGCCUUUCAGAUCUCAGAACAAUUUGAAGCCUUGGGGUCCUCUAUUGGAGUACAAAGUGCCGUGAUUGUAGGUGGAAUUGAUUCAAUGUCCCAAUCUCUGGCCCUGGCGAAAAAACCACAUAUAGUGAUAGCAACUCCUGGUCGACUGAUUGACCAUUUGGAAAAUACAAAAGGUUUUAACUUAAGAGCUCUCAAAUAUUUGGUUAUGGAUGAAGCAGACCGAAUAUUGAACAUGGAUUUUGAGACAGAGGUUGAUAAGAUCCUCAAAGUGAUUCCUCGAGACAGAAAAACAUUUCUCUUCUCUGCUACCAUGACCAAGAAGGUACAAAAACUUCAGCGAGCAGCUCUAAAGAAUCCUGUGAAAUGUGCAGUUUCCUCUAAAUACCAGACAGUUGAGAAAUUACAGCAGUAUUAUCUUUUUAUUCCCUCUAAAUUCAAGGAUACCUACCUGGUUUAUAUUCUGAAUGAAUUGGCUGGAAACUCCUUUAUGAUAUUCUGCAGCACCUGUAACAAUACUCAGAGAACAGCUUUGCUACUCCGAAAUCUUGGAUUCACUGCCAUCCCCCUCCAUGGACAAAUGAGCCAGACAAAGCGCCUGGGAUCCCUUAACAAAUUCAAGGCGAAAGCUCGUUCCAUUCUUCUAGCAACUGAUGUUGCAAGCCGAGGUUUAGAUAUUCCUCACGUAGAUGUGGUAGUCAACUUUGACAUUCCUACCCAUUCCAAGGAUUACAUCCAUCGAGUAGGUAGAACAGCUCGAGCUGGGCGCUCUGGAAAGUCUAUCACGUUUGUCACACAGUAUGAUGUAGAACUCUUCCAGCGCAUAGAACACUUAAUUGGGAAGAAACUGCCCGUCUUUCCAACACAGGAUGAAGAGGUUAUGAUGCUGACAGAACGUGUGACUGAAGCUCAAAGAUUUGCCCGAAUGGAGUUAAGGGAGCAUGGAGAAAAGAAGAAACGCUCACGGGAGGAUGUUGGGGACAAUGAUGAUACGGAGGGUGCAAUUGGUGUUAGGAACAAGGUGGCUGGAGGGAAAAUGAAAAAACGGAAAGGCCGUUAG